GUUCCUUGAUAUCGCUUUAAUUGAGACACAGAAGAGAGAGAUAGAGAGGAGGCAAACGAAAAGAGACUCAUGAAACGGUUCUGUUCCCCAAAGGCACAACUCUCAACCCCAAAUACUAUCAGUUUCUUCUGUAAUCCCCGUCCCACACACACACAUACAUAACCCACAAGAAGAAGAAGAAGAAGAAGAAGAAGAAGCAACAGCAACGGAGGAAAUGAUGUCUCAGACAAAAAAACCCAGAACUUCCAUUGAAAGAUCUGAUCUAUUCGAUGUCUUACCUGACGAUAUUCUCAUCUUCAUCCUCUCCAAGCUCUCUUCCACCGCUCGAUGCCCUUCAGAUUUCAUCAAUGUUCUCGUCACAUGUAAAAGACUGAACCGGCUCGCCCUCAACCCACUGGUUCUGUCCCUAACCGGUCCCAAAACGUUCUCUUUCCGAGCCCAAAACUGGUCCGAGUCCGCUCACCGGUUCUUGAAACUGUGCAUUAGCGCCGGCAACACCGAAGCAUCUUAUACUCUCGGAAUGAUCCGAUUUUAUUGUUUACAAAACCGAGGGAGUGGACUGUCUCUGAUAGCCAAGGCGGCGAUUAAGGCUCACGCGCCGGCGCUCUACUCGCUCGCCGUCAUUCAGUUCAACGGCAGCGGUGGUGGCUCCAAAACCGCCAAGGACCUCCGAGCGGGGGUGGCGCUCUGCGCACGAGCCGCCUACCUAGGUCACAUCGACUCGCUUCGCGAGCUCGGGCACUGCUUCCAAGACGGUUACGGUGUGCGCCGAAACGUCUCCGAGGGACGCCGACUGCUCAUCCAAGCCAACGCUCUUGAGAUCGCGUCUAUCAUACGCGCCGUCGUAGCGGCGUCACAUUCGCGUAACGAACCGCAACCGAACGUGGCCGCACUUUGUUCGGGUGUGGGUAUGGGGUUACUGAGUGAUUUGGGGUGUCACGUGCCUUCACGUGAGGUUCACCCAGUGAAUAUGUUCUUGACGGAGUGGUUCGGUUCGAGGGGUGGGGAACCGGGUUUGGAUCUCCGGAUGUGCUCGCAUUCGGGUUGUGGUAGGCCCGAGACGCGCCGGAACGAGUUCCGGAGGUGCUCGGUGUGUGGGAAAGUGAACUACUGCUCACGUGGGUGUCAGGCGCUGGAUUGGAAGUUGCGCCACAAGGCGGAGUGCGCACCCCUCCUGCUGGAUCAGUGGAUGGAAGACGUUGAUGGUCAUGAUCAUGAUGGGGAUCAAGUGGUGGAGGAUGGAGAUGCUGUGGGUGGGCCCAUUUGAAAAGAUGUUAGAUUCGAAUGUUUCUUUUGAAUUUUGCAAACUGUUCCGUGAAAAUCUUUCUGUACAUCUUUUCUCUCUUUUUUUAAAUCAUGUGUAUAUGGCGAAACAGAGAUUUUGUUAGGUCUUUUCAUUACCUGUGCGAUCAUUUUAAAUGGGAUAGAUUUGAUAAAACCACCAUUUCACGUUAAA